GUUUUGAAACAAUAUGGGGAAACAACAAAACAAGUUUAGAGGAGUGAGGCAACGGCGGUGGGGCUCAUGGGUCUCUGAAAUUCGUCAUCCUCUUCUGAAGAGAAGAGUUUGGUUGGGAACGUUUGAAACGGCUGAGGACGCAGCUCGAGCCUACGAUGAGGCCGCCAUUCUCAUGAGCGGUCGAACUGCAAAAACCAACUUUCCUGUGUCCACCGCCAUGGUCAGAACUGAAGCUCGAAAUAUUCCUCCAUUUUCGCCGUUGUCGACAAUUCUCAACACUAAACUUCGCAAGUGUUGGAAAUCUCUUCCUCCUUCUCUAACUUGCCUUCGUCUCGACACCGAGAGUUGUCGCAUUGGUGUUUGGCAGAGACAUGUGGGACAUUGCCGAGUGGUCGACUCGAGCUGGGUGAUGAUGGUGGAGCUUGAGAAGAAGAACAAUGACGGAUUCCGAGUAACGGAUGAGUCAUCGGAAAAUGGUGUGGAAGAUCGGGUGAGACUAAUUUCAGAUGGGACAGAAAGUUUAGAUGAGGAAGAAAGAGCUGCUUUGCAAAUGAUUGAAGAACUUUUGAAUAAGAUAUGAAUCAUACAGAUUUUUCAAGAA